CGUGCCCAGAAAACCUGUAUUAAUAAUUCUAAUUGAGUAAAUAAAAGUUGAAGUUAGAACGAUAUUUUGCUUGGAAGCAUUUUUGAUUUUUCAUUUCUUUGCUUCGUUCUUUCGAUUUGUUGUUUUUUCGUUGCUAUGACCCUGCCCUCUUGCGGCCAAAAGCGCUGCACGUUUAGGUGCGUAUGGAGUCAGACUUAGACAGAGAAAUAAUCAUCACUAGGCCAAGUCUCGCAUGUGCUUCAACGUGAUAGUUGCAAGGGAGACGUUCUGUGAAUUUUCGUUUUUGUUGCGUAAUAAUCCAAUUGUUCGUUAUUAUUGCUGUGUUCCAUCAAAGAAAUGCACACAGUCGGUGAUGCUUCGUCGAGUGUCCCAGCUUUUUUGGGCAAACUUUGGAAAUUGGUCGAGGAUCCAUCGACGAAUCAUCUCAUCAGCUGGAACUCGAAUGGCUUGAGUUUUACAAUCAGAGAUCAGGCACGAUUUGCCAGAGAACUUCUUCCACUCUAUUACAAACACAAUAACAUGGCCAGUUUUGUUCGUCAAUUGAAUAUGUAUGGAUUUCACAAAGUUGUGUCAGUUGAUUCUGGAGGACUCAAAGUCGAUAAGGAUGAGAUGGAGUUUGCACACAUGUAUUUUCUUCAAGGGCAAGAAUUUUUGCUUGAGCACAUAAAGAGGAAGAUACCCAUCAGUAAGCAAGAAGAAACAAAACAUCCCAAGCCUGAAGUGCUUUCAAGGGUCUUGGCUGAUGUCCGCAGUAUGAAAGGUAAACAAGAAAAUGUGGACUCCCGUUUGAAUACCAUGAAAAGGGAAAAUGAAGCAUUGUGGAGAGAAGUUGCUUCACUUCGUCAAAAACACAUGAAACAACAGCAGAUAGUCAAUAAGCUGAUUCAGUUUCUCAUUAGUAUUGUACAGCCUAAUGGGCGUGCAGGACUGGGACUGAAAAGAAGGUAUCCAUUGAUGCUGGGAGAAGGUAUUCGUUCAACAAACUCCUCUACUCCUGCAAAAGGUACAGAGAGAAAAAGAGAGGAGAAACUCAAUUAUGAGAGUCUGAAAGAUUUGGAUGAAUCCGAGGCUAAUGACAUCCCUACCAUAUCUAUUAUACCGUCACCAAAAGGACCCAUUAUUCAUGAUGUCACUGAUAUUGACGAAGGUAGUACUGCUGACCUUAUUGCAAACUCUAACGAUUUGGACACAGAGCAAUUGGAGGAGGUUGCCGAGGUCGAAUCCGAUGGGAAACCUCUCGAAGUGUUUUUUCCGAUGGCGCAAAUUUCCGAAUUGCCCGUUUCAGUUGAUUCGGUUGAGCAGGCAGAUGAGGUGCCAGCCGAAGAGGAGGAAAUUCUUGAAGACGACUUGAACACCGAACAACCAGAUUUCAACACAAUGGUCCAGAUGGAGGCUGGAACAUCCAAUGGAGGUUCUGGGAUUCUAGACAGGUCUGCCAUGACUAGUCCUUUAAGCCCCGACUUGUUGAUGGCAGUGGAUCCACGCGAAGUCAAUUCGGGCGCUUUGCUCACUUUUGAAGAAAAUCGAAAGGAGAAAGCCAACGGUCGCGGCAAAUCGGUCGUUAAAAACCAAGAUAGAACGGUGGUAUCCGAAAAUCCCAGCGUUUUGGAAAGCAGAGAGGAGUUGGACAGCCACUUGGACACGAUGCAGGUCGACUUGGAACAACUUCGUGAAGUCUUGAGUCUACAGGGAAAUCCACUUGAUGCCUCUACGUUGCUUGGGGUAUGUGAUUCACUCGGUCUGAAUUUCGAACCGACGUUAGAUUCAUGUAAUUGGGCGGGUUAUCCGGCGACCUGGAAUCGGAGGGGAAUACCUCCUGACAGUUCGCCGUCACUUACUUCACUACUAGAACACCAGAUGCUGCCAAAGCUUUUUAGUGCGGAUGACAGUCUACCCAGCAACAGCUAUUUGUCGAUGGACAUGGACAUGUUUAAAAAUCCGUCACAGGGUGCCAUUCUUGGUAAUGAAGUGAUAGCUUAUAACGAUGCCUCGUUUUUCGAAAUGGUCGAAGACUACGGCGACGGUCACUUGGAUGAUCGAACUGCUCGAGACCUGGCUGAUGAGGCCGACGUGAAAGAAACGGCCGACCUGUUUGACCUGCUGGACGAUCCUUCCCAAGCGACGGUAUCCUCAGCUAAGAAGAAGAAGAGAAAUUGAAUCCAGCCAUGUAUGAAAGGAAGAGAGGAAAACAUCAAGUGAGAAAGAUAGGCUGCAACCGCUUCGCUUUAUUUCGGCGUGUCCUAUUUCUCCCAAUUUGAAAAAAAAAGAAAGAAAUACCUCUCUUUUCUUAAUGAUAUAUAAUUUUAUGUGUGUGUUAACGUCAUUAACAAACCGACCCUUUUUGUUUCCCCAUCCCAAGUUUUUGCUUUUCUUUUUUGAUUUUCAUUUACUUUUGAAGUAGAAAGCCAAUUCUGAAAGAGAAAUGGAGAUUAGAUUAGUAAGGAUUACACUAGCCACAACAACCCUCCGACUACCCCCUGUGUUAUGUCACGAAGCACAUUUGCCAAAAUUAUUAUUAUGAUAAUCAUUUUUUUUUUAUUUAAUUUUAUUUGAAGAAAUCCGUUUGAAAAAGGUAAAAAAAAAAGAAGGAAAUCGGAGAAUAUAAUUAUUCCCGUUUUCUUUUUCGUUCGGCGAUGGGCUUAUCGCGCGCAAUUGCAGGGUGUGUGGAUGUGUGUGUGUGUAUGUUUAUUUUGGAUUCGUAGGUUUGCUUUUUUUUGUAUGACACACCUACUUAUUUAUAUAUAUAAAGUUGUCUGGGCAGCAGGAACAGAGGGAACGUCAGAAUUUUUCAAGAAAAAAGAAGCUAAUCCGCUUCAAUGGAAAAGUAGUGAGACACUGAAACGAAGGAAAGAAAGAAAACAAUUGACGUCGGAUCAAAAAUUCAUUUUUGUCAACCGUUUUUUCUCUCUCCUACUCCCACACAUGUGUUUUGGCUAUGUGAUUCGACAGUGCGGUAUACUACAUCAAUAAAACUCAAGAAUUAAAAACCCAUAA